AUGCAGUUCUCAGCCAUCAUUGCCCUCUUUGCCUCUCUGGCUAUUGCCGCGCCCGCUGGGGAGACGACUACUCACGAGCUCGCUGCUCGUGACGGCCCUUGCUCUUCUGGUGUUACUAACAACGUCCCCAAGUGCUGUGGUACUGGUGUCCUCGACCUCCUCUACCUGGACUGCAAGACUCCCACUCAAGCCACCUCCGUUCUCAACCCCUUGAGUGCUGUCUGCGGCCGUGUUGGUCUCCAGGCCAAGUGCUGCACCGCCGGUAUCGGCUCUGUCGGUGUUUUGUGCCAGGAUGCUCUUCCCGAGUAA